AUUCAUCCUACACAAUCGCAAUUUGAAGUUUGACCAACAGAUAUUAAUAAUGUAUGCAAUUGAUAACAUUUAUUAGUACAUACAUAGUAGUUCAACACGCACUUUGGGUGAUAUAAUCUCAUUUCUAUCAAUUUCAUUUUAUAGUAAAAAAUGUCGAUUGUUACUAAUUAUUAAUAUUUAUUUUAAGUGAAGUUUGCGAAAUUUAAAUUAUUUAUGUAAAAUAUGGGGUACUGCUCGUGCACACCCAAAUGCAAAAAAUGGACGACUUUCGGUGUAGCGAUCGCCUUUUUAGUAAUAGGAUUAUUUUGUGCGUUCCUUUGGGCAAUUAUCAUUCACAAAGUUCUUAAUCAUCAACUAGGAAUAUCAACGAAAAGCACCAUAGGGUAUUCGAUGUGGAAAGAAACUCCCAUCCCCAUGUAUCUAUCGUUCUACAUGUUCAAUUGGACCAACGCGGAUAUAUGCGAAAAAAAUGCCUCCGUUAAGCCCCAUUUUACAGAACUCGGUCCGUACGUUUUUUCGGAACAUCACAUCAGAGACAAUGUGACUUUUAACGAUAACGCAACUGUCACUUUUUACAAUAGAAGAAUAUGGAAAUUCGCCCCGGAUAAAUCUAAGGGGAGUCUCAGUGAUAAUGUUACGACUUUUAAUCCAGUGGUUGCUUCUGUAACAAACGUAGUCAAAGAUAAACACUAUUUCGUACAACUAGGCGUGAAUUUUUUCCUCGAAGAAAAACGAGUAACUUUGGCCGUCACCAGAACAGUAAACGAAUUCAUUUUCGAAGGUUACGACGACCCAAUGUUGGACCUUUUGCAUAAAUUGAAUAUUUCCAACAUAAAAAUCCCUUUCACCAAGAUGGGCUGGUUCGUCGAUAGGAAUAACAGCGCACCGUACGACGGUCUGUUUAAUAUGAACGAUGGUGCCGAUUCUAUAGACAAUUUAGGUAUCGUUAGAAAGUGGAAUAACUACGAACAAGUUCCUUAUUAUCCAGGAGAUUGCGGGAAAGUCGAGGGUACGCAAGGGGAAUUGUGGUAUCCGCCUCAUGAGAAACGUUCGAUUAAGAUUUUCUCGAACGAUUUGUGCAGUACACUGGAAUUGGAACGAAAUGGAGAAGACGAAUUACAUGGAAUCCGCGGUUAUAAAUAUCUAGGAACUAAUAAAGCUUUCGAUAACGGUACAUUGUAUCCAGAAAUGAGGUGUUUCUUUAAUCAAUCUGAAUACAGUGGCGUUCGUGACGUAUCACUUUGCAAGUACGGAGCUCCGGCUUUUGUAUCGUUCCCUCACUUCUACCUGGCGGAUCCCUUUUAUAGACGUUCCAUAGAGGGAAUGAUGCCUGAUAAAGGCAAGCAUGAAAUGUUUAUCUCCUUAGAACCCAAUACGGGUUUGCCUUUGAAAGUUCGAGCACAGAUUCAAAUAAAUCUUCGGUUGUUCCAUUUAGAACAUAUCACGUUGGUAUCUAAAAUGAAUACGACGUUGAUGCCGAUCUUUUGGUUCAGCCAAACGGCCGAACUCACAAACGACUUGGCCGAUACCGUUAAAAUGGUGUUGAUUUUACCCUCGGCCGGUCAAUAUACCGGUUACGGACUUUUAGGGCUCGGUUUAUUAUUGGGCGCCAUCGGAAUUUUCAUAACCUACCGUUUAGGAUGGCAAGACAGUGAGGAAGAACAUUUAUUAAACCAAAACGAACUAUAAUAAUAAAAUCUCGAUUUUCUUUUUCAGCAAAUAAAGUUUAUUGUCGACCUAAUGCGGAUUUAAAGCGACGAUAAGAUAAAAAUAUGUUUUUUUUUAUGUACCGUUGUAAAUUUACACGGCGUGUUUUAAAUACGUGCGUACAUAUUAAAGCGGUUAAUAUAAGAUUACUAAAAUCGUAAAAUUAUCAAAUUUAAAUAUUCCCCUUUUUCCGACCUUUAUUCUACGCUUAGCUGCGUUUAAAACCGAACAAAAACUGCAUAAAAAAUAGUAGCGUUGUUGCCACAUGUACAUUUAUCACUAAAUUAAAUGAAAUAGAACAAAUUAAACAAACUCUUUCUUUGUUGAUCAAAUACAAAUUAAUGUUUAAUUAAAAUCAAAAUACUGUGGUAACAUUGUUAAUAACAGACCCACUAGGCAGCUCUCAGCAUUGAAUCAUUAACCAGUUGUAAUAAGUGCGUACUUUUAAAAAACACCCUGUAAAAUAAUCAACACGGUGACUGGCAUGACUAUUAAUCUUUGUUUUCUAGGAUAUUUAAUUGAGAGAAAUUUUUUUAAAUUAUUUUUUCUUGACUAUUUAUUUGAACUCUUGAUUCGCAUUCAAUCGACAAGUUUGCUCGUUUUUCUGGUAACUGUUGGUAGUUCGUUAUAAAAAUCGAGGAGAACGGUAAGUAAACAAAAAUAAUAAACUUUUAUGAUAUUGGCAAACACGAAAUUUUGUUUGGUUCCUCAUCUAAAGCAUUUUCUUCGUGAACUUGAAAAUUGGAUGUUUAGAAAUAAAAAAGUUAUUGCGUUUAAUAAAACUAUACAAUAAAAUUUUUGGAUAAAACCAAAUGGUCUUUAAAACAGUCUUAAAGCCACCAUAAAGCAGUUUCCAUCCAAAAAAGGGCCCGUCCUAACAAACUAAAUUUUAAAACCAAAUUAAAACCAUUUAGUUUUAAUUUUAUAUUCUUAAAAAGUUCUUCAAGGCAACUUUAUUUUAUGCUGGAUAUGGGAUUAAAAGACCCAUUAUUCCCCUUAAGAUAAAACAGUUUUUUUAAUGGGUUUUAAUGAAUGCAUAAAUAAAACUACAUUAAAACUAUUUGUUCCAAAAUGGAUUGUUUUAAAACCAACUUGCUAUUUAAUCCUUUAAAAUAGUACAUUAGUUUUAAAAUAGCCAAUAUCAGGAGUAUUAUAAAACCAGUAUAAGAUCAAUAGGAUAUUGAGCGCAAUUUUUUUUUUAUUUUAAUUUAAAGUGUGCAUUAAAUUCUUUGCAUAACUAUUUAAGAACUUCUAGUUCAUCUUAAAGUAGCUUUAAAACCAAUAUCGUUAUGUUGGAAUAUAUUAAAGCACUUUUAAAACAAAUUUAAAGUGUCUUAAAAUUGUUACUUGGGGAGAUUUUAUAAAUGCACGUUUGGAUUCUCCGCCCCUGGUUAUAGUAGACGCGUAAUUCGGUUAUAAGAUUUCCUGAGAAUAUAAGAUAAUCAUUUUGGCAACAUUUAUCAACCGUAAAACUAUUUUACUUUUAAUAAAUUCGUGCCUAGCCAAUUUCGUAAACAUUAAAAAAACAAUCACUGACUGUAGAAUAGAAAACACAAUCAAUUUUUUACAAUAUAGAUUGAAUACAUAUUUUUUGUUGUAGAUAUUUUUUUACAGAAAAUAAAUCACGGAGCAUUCCUUCAAGUUUAAAUUAAAAUGUGCAUGUAUACAAAAGUACAAACUUCCAAAAAAAAAAAGUCUUUAUUUGCCAGUAAUACCAAGUAUUUAUAAGAUAUUUUAAUAAUUGUAGUUGUAGAUCCUUAUAUAAUUAUAUUUAAGUGCCAAAUUUGAUAUUACCAAGUAAAUUUAUAUUUAAAUAAUGCGAAAUUUUUCCUAUUCUGUUAUUAGCAGCCUAUGAUGCCUUCUCGAUCCAUGGGUUUUAUUUUUUCAUUAUUUCCUGUUUGUUAUCUUUUUUGUUUUAAUUUUUGUUGUCUCAAGAAAACCGUCGAACAUUAUUUUUCCAUAUUUUUUCACCUCAGCUGCAGAAAUAUUGUACCUUACAAAACGGCGCCUAUGCCAAUCCCUAUCCUGUGCAAAAUGGUUAAAACAAUGGCACUUCCGGUGCCAUUUUCCUACGUUUGACACCCUAUAAAGCUCAAACUGACGUAUUUGACAGAACUGACAAUUAAGUUAUCAUAAAAGUCACUAGAAAUACAAUUUCCGUUCUAUUUUUUUUUUGUUUUACCAGUGUAGAUCGUGUAGGAUAUUUUUGUUUGUAUUUUAAGUUCUAAAAAAGAUUGCCAAUGUUUAAUUAAUUUGUGAAAAGAAGGUUCUGUCGUUUAUAUUAUUUUGCAGAGAUGUUUGACAGCAAAAUGACCACUUUGUUUUUUUGGACAAGAUAAUUUUUACAUCGACGUUCUUUAGUUUCUUUUAAUAAAUAUUAAUUAGUUUCUUUUCAAAAAAUGAUGGUACUUAUGGCACAUCCUACAACAGAUUCCUAUGUACUUUCUGAAACACCUGUUCCAUUAUUAACUAUUAUUAAUUAAUAUUAACAGAUCUGUAUUCUAUAAAUAGAGUUCUCUAAACUUCUGACUAAGUUAAUUCAUUUAAUUUCAGAAGUUUUGUUCACUCUGUAGUUAAUCUUAUUGUAUAUAUAUUUUUAGUAUAGUAACGUAUUAUUUUUAACAACAUUGAUAAGCUCAAAAUCUAAGUCAUUUUAUUAUGAUAUAUUGAUCUUAAUUUCUUUUUUGAGUAAAUGAAGUAACAACGUAGAUGAAAACGUAUAUGAGCUGUGAUAGUCUUUGUUUUAUUAUUGCCAUUUAGAUACUUAAAGAAUGGCUUAUUAUAUAUUAUGUUUAGAGGCAUUCUUACCAUAUUCGGGACCAAUUUGAUGUCAAAUUUUCUUUUUACUUAAUAAAAACACCGAUUGGUUUCAUAUGAUAAAAGUGCGAUAUUGUGUAAUCUUGUUUUGUUGGAUUUUACAGGAAAAUAUAUAUAGAUUGUUAUGAAAUAUAUAUUUGUCAACAUUUUUAUAAGAAAUAAAACGAU